CAGCGCGCAGGCGCGGCGCUGAUGGCGGAGGAGGCCGGCGGCGCCCCCGCCUAGGCCGGAGCAGCAUCCGCCGCCAUCCGCACGGAUUACCAGAGCUACGAUAAGCUGAAGCAAAUCCGUUGCCAACAUGUUUCUGUACAACCUGACGUUGCAGCGUGCCACAGGCAUUAGCUUUGCUAUCCAUGGCAAUUUCUCAGGAACCAAACAACAAGAAAUUGUUGUUUCCCGGGGCAAGAUCCUGGAGUUACUGCGCCCUGAUCCCAACACAGGGAAGGUUCAUACGCUGCUGACCGUCGAGGUGUUUGGGGUCAUCCGCUCCCUCAUGGCCUUCAGGCUGACAGGGGGCACCAAGGACUACAUCGUGGUGGGCAGCGACUCGGGGCGCAUCGUCAUCCUGGAGUACCAGCCCUCCAAGAACGUCUUCGAGAAGAUCCACCAGGAAACCUUUGGCAAGAGUGGCUGUCGCAGGAUCGUUCCAGGCCAGUACCUGGCUGUGGACCCAAAGGGCCGCGCUGUCAUGAUCAGUGCCAUUGAGAAGCAGAAGCUGGUGUAUAUCCUGAACAGAGAUGCUGCUGCUCGACUCACCAUCUCCUCCCCACUGGAAGCCCACAAGGCCAAUACCUUGGUCUACCACGUGGUGGGAGUCGACGUGGGGUUUGAAAACCCAAUGUUUGCUUGUCUGGAAAUGGAUUAUGAGGAAGCAGACAACGAUCCAACAGGUGAAGCUGCAGCCAACACACAGCAGACAUUGACAUUUUAUGAACUGGACUUGGGUUUGAACCAUGUUGUCAGGAAAUACAGUGAGCCCCUGGAAGAGCAUGGCAACUUCCUCAUAACAGUUCCUGGUGGUUCUGAUGGCCCCAGCGGGGUGCUGAUCUGUUCUGAGAACUAUAUUACUUACAAAAACUUUGGUGACCAGCCUGAUAUCAGAUGCCCAAUUCCCAGGAGACGGAAUGACUUGGAUGAUCCAGAGAGGGGUAUGAUCUUUGUCUGCUCUGCUACACAUAAGACCAAGUCCAUGUUCUUCUUCCUGGCCCAGACAGAGCAGGGAGACAUCUUCAAAAUUACUUUGGAGACUGAUGAAGACAUGGUAACAGAGAUUCGACUGAAGUACUUUGACACUGUUCCUGUUGCUGCUGCCAUGUGUGUGCUGAAAACAGGAUUUCUCUUUGUGGCAUCUGAAUUUGGAAACCAUUACCUGUACCAGAUAGCUCACCUGGGGGAUGAUGAUGAGGAGCCAGAGUUUUCCUCUGCCAUGCCUCUUGAGGAAGGAGACACAUUCUUUUUCCAGCCUCGACCUCUGAAGAACCUGGUGCUGGUGGAUGAGUUGGACAGUUUGUCUCCUAUUCUGUGUUGUCAGAUAGCAGAUUUGGCCAAUGAAGACACACCCCAGUUGUAUGUGGCUUGUGGUCGGGGGCCCAGGUCAUCCCUGAGGGUUUUAAGACAUGGACUUGAGGUAUCUGAAAUGGCUGUGUCAGAGCUGCCUGGUAACCCCAAUGCUGUAUGGACUGUGAGGAGACAUGUUGAAGAUGAAUUUGAUGCCUACAUUAUCGUGUCCUUCGUAAAUGCCACACUGGUGCUGUCCAUUGGAGAGACUGUAGAGGAAGUGACUGACUCUGGAUUCCUGGGCACUACACCAACCUUGUCCUGCUCUCUUCUUGGUGAUGAUGCUUUGGUACAGGUUUAUCCAGAUGGGAUCCGGCAUAUCCGAGCAGAUAAGAGAGUAAAUGAAUGGAAGACACCAGGAAAGAAAACCAUUGUAAAAUGUGCUGUGAACCAAAGACAAGUAGUGAUAGCACUGACUGGAGGAGAACUGGUUUACUUUGAGAUGGACCCGUCAGGACAGCUGAAUGAGUACACAGAGAGAAAGGAGAUGUCGGCUGAUGUCGUUUGCAUGAGCCUGGCCAACGUUCCCCCUGGGGAGCAGCGUUCCCGGUUCCUUGCUGUUGGACUGGUGGACAACACUGUCAGAAUUAUUUCACUUGACCCUUCAGAUUGCUUACAGCCCCUGAGUAUGCAGGCACUGCCUGCACAGCCCGAGUCGCUGUGCAUCGUGGAGAUGGGUGGCACAGAGAAGCAGGAUGAGCUGGGAGAGAGGGGCUCCAUUGGCUUUCUGUACCUGAACAUUGGACUGCAGAACGGUGUGCUGCUGCGGACCGUCCUGGACCCCGUCACUGGCGACCUGUCCGACACCAGGACCCGAUACCUCGGCUCCCGGCCCGUCAAACUCUUCCGCGUCCGAAUGCAAGGCCAGGAGGCGGUGCUGGCCAUGUCAAGCCGUUCCUGGCUUAGUUAUUCCUAUCAAUCACGCUUCCACCUGACUCCCCUGUCUUAUGAGACACUGGAGUUUGCAUCUGGUUUUGCUUCUGAGCAGUGCCCUGAGGGCAUUGUGGCCAUCUCCACAAACACAUUGAGGAUUUUGGCACUGGAGAAGCUGGGAGCAGUCUUCAACCAGGUUGCCUUCCCAUUGCAGUACACACCCCGAAAAUUUGUCAUUCACCCAGAGAGCAACAACCUGAUCAUCAUUGAGACAGACCACAACGCUUACACUGAGGCCACCAAGGCACAAAGGAAGCAGCAAAUGGCUGAGGAAAUGGUGGAGGCUGCAGGUGAGGAUGAGAGGGAGCUGGCUGCAGAAAUGGCUGCAGCCUUUCUGAACGAGAAUCUUCCUGAGUCCAUCUUCGGUGCUCCCAAGGCAGGGAAUGGUCAGUGGGCCUCUGUUAUCAGAGUGAUGAACCCCAUCCAGGGAAAUACAUUAGAUCUGGUUCAGCUGGAGCAGAAUGAAGCUGCUUUCAGCGUGGCUGUGUGCCGCUUCUCCAACACCGGUGAUGAGUGGUACGUGCUGGUGGGAGUCGCCAAGGACCUGAUUCUGAACCCACGCUCCGUUGCUGGGGGGUUUGUCUACACAUACAAGCUGGUGAACAGUGGUGAGAAGCUGGAGUUUCUGCACAAGACCCCAGUGGAGGAGGUUCCUGCAGCCAUUGCUCCAUUCCAAGGCCGAGUGUUAAUUGGAGUUGGGAAGCUCCUGCGUGUGUAUGACCUGGGCAAGAAGAAAUUGCUUCGGAAAUGUGAGAACAAGCACAUUGCCAACUACAUCUGUGGGAUCCAAACCAUUGGGCACAGAGUGAUUGUUUCAGAUGUUCAGGAGAGUUUUAUCUGGGUGCGUUACAAAAGGAAUGAGAACCAGCUCAUUAUCUUUGCUGAUGACACUUACCCCCGGUGGGUCACUACAGCAACGCUCCUGGAUUACGACACCGUGGCUGGGGCAGACAAGUUUGGUAACAUCUGUGUGGUGAGAUUGCCUCCCAACACCAAUGAUGAGGUAGAUGAGGAUCCCACAGGCAACAAAGCUCUCUGGGACAGGGGCCUGCUUAAUGGAGCAUCGCAGAAGGCUGAAGUGAUUAUGAAUUAUCAUGUGGGAGAAACGGUGCUUUCCUUGCAGAAGACCACACUGAUUCCAGGAGGCUCUGAAUCUCUUGUUUAUACAACCUUAUCAGGGGGAAUAGGAAUCUUGGUCCCUUUUACUUCCCAUGAGGAUCACGACUUCUUCCAGCACGUGGAAAUGCACUUACGGUCUGAGCACCCUCCUCUCUGUGGACGGGACCAUCUCAGUUUCCGCUCCUACUACUUCCCGGUGAAGAACGUGAUUGAUGGGGACCUGUGUGAGCAGUUCAACUCCAUGGAGCCUAACAAACAGAAGAAUGUGGCCGAGGAGCUGGACCGGACCCCACCCGAGGUGUCCAAGAAGCUGGAGGACAUCCGCACGCGCUACGCGUUCUGAGUGGCAGCUGGCAGGGGCAGAAAUGCUCCUGGCUCCUCUGGGUGCUCUUCCAGGCACCAUCGGGAGGAGCAAUGUGUGCUUUUUUUUCCCCCCUUUUCAAAUAUUGGUUUGGUCCUCUUGGUUUGUGUUUCAAAGUAACGUGACUCCAGUAAAUACAGUAUCAGCUAUUAGGUUUCCCAACACAUCCUGCUGCCUAUGUGAAGGCUCCUGACAUUCCGGCUUCUGGCCAGAGCAGUUCUCUCUUGGGAAGUGCCCAAGCAGGGCCUACAGCUGACCCUCAGCCCCAUCUCCUUGUCCUCCCUUUCGGAUGGAGGAGUCCUAGGGGUCUUGCUGAAAGUUCUGUAGGGCAGAUCCAGCUGAGUCUUUGUUGGGCCAAGUAGGGUUUGUGAUUUCCCAGCAUUUUAGGAAAGGAAAAAGGAAAGGAAAGAGCUGUGGCAUGAUUCAGGAUUACCAGGCUCCUCUUUUAGUAGCCACUACUGAGCUGCUCUGGGCUUACACUAGUCCUGGGGCAGCCAAUGGGAAGCUGGCUGUGGAGGGUGUAACUGUCACACUUGUCUUGAACGUUUUCUUCUGAAUUGUAAGGGGGUUUUUUGGACUUGCCAUUUCUGACUGUUUUCCCUGUAAAUAGAGUUUUGUACAAUGUUGACUCACUUGGGGGUGGGGAAGAGCGAGGCCUGAGUCUGGGACUUGAUUUGUUUCAUAAUAACUUUGGCAAGAGAGUGUCUCCAAGCUGUGACUGUGAGCAGCACAUGAAGAAUAAAAGCCUGUUUUUUCAUUA